AUGAACGCGGACACUAGGAGCACGCCAGGUGUGGAGGAGUGGGUCCCGAUUGCGCAGUGGUUGAUCGAGGAGGGCACGCGCACCACGGGCAGCGCCAGCAUAGACGUCUUCGAGCGAGCAAACUGCAACGAGAGCAUUCGGGCGCUGUUCCAGCUCAUGCAUGCAUGCACGACGCUGUAUCAUGGCCUCCCUUGGAAGCUGCCCGCAGACUGCCUGAGGGCCACCUACACGCAGCGACCCGGCGUCCAUGGCAUCGUGCACUGGGUGGACACGUUUCAAGCUCACGUGCUUGGGCCUAUUCAUGCAGACACGAGCAUCACUGACCAGCGUGUCCUCACACGGUGGCUUGAGACUCGCUUUCUCGUGCAUUCGUGGCUUGGUGCAACCUGGCACAGCACGUGCCGGUUCUUCCAGUCGCCCAUCAUCUCUGAGAGCAUGUGCGCGCGCUUGAGCGAAGUAGCACACGUGUACUUCCCCAGCCUCACCGACAUGCGUGCCUGGAUCACGCCGCAAAUCAUUGUGCCAGGAGAUGCCAAUGGCGUUGAGCAACCCAGCGAGGAGGAGAGCAGCCUCGGCAGCACGGCCAGCACCAGUCCGCCGUUUGAGAACACCGUUGCAAUCGACACUGCUCACAAUGUGUGGAAUCCAGCCCACUUCAGCGCCACACUCUGCAUCGAGGAGCAGCAAGACCUCGAACAGCUUGACGCCGUUUGUUCUGCCAUGCAGCCGAUGAGGGGCGACCACGUCGACAUCAUCAUCUCAGGCCGCGUUGGCUGCCUUGAGCUCAGCAACAUCCGUCAUCUGCGUGUGGCGGUGUCUUCCUGCGAUGCGGUUGCUAACCUCAUCUUGCACGAGGUCGACCACUUGUCUUGGAGCACCCGAGGAGAUGAGGACGGACACUUCGACAAUGGUGAGCACAGCCGCCCGCCCAACCCAACGCAGCAGCAGCAACAGCAGCAGAACGCGUUCCGCGCGCGGUUGCAGGACGUGCGAAGCGUGCGGCUCGCGCAGUGCUGGAGUUUGCACGACAUAACGGCGCUCACAGGCGUGCCGUAUGUUCAGCUGGUGGACCUGCCGAGUGUCACGGAUGUCUCGGCUCUUGCGCAAGCACAGCAGGUUGUGCUCCACAACAUCGGCCUGGCUGACGUGAGUGUGCUUGCUCAAGUUCCCUGCGUCCAAGUCAUCAGCACCGCGUCUCCAAACCGGCGUGACACCCAAGGCUCGAUCCCAGUCCAGUGCGCUGCCAUCACGAAGGUGAAUGUAGCAGGGCCACACGACCUGGUACUCUCUGGCGGCUGCCUCAACGGUGCCGAGCUUUGCAGCUUCCCAUCGGUUCGUCUCCUUGACUGCAAGGGCAACGUGUCUUUGGUGCAGCACGUCCACCGCCUUGAGUGCAGGCAUGGUGCCGUGCUCCUUGAGCAGCUGAAAGAUGUGCAGCACGCCGUGCUCAUGGGCCACGGCCAACCGCUUCAAGUCCGAGGCACAGAGCGCGUGCACCGGUGUCGCGUCUAUCACCACACGAUUCCGGACUUUGCUGUGUUCUCCGGCGUGCGCCAUCUCCAGCUCGUGCAUUGCACGUUUGAUGACCUUGGGAUGCACCACAUCAAGCGGGAAAGUAUGGCCACGUGUCACGCUUGUGGGGCGAUCUGCGACGGCCAUUGA